GCAGAUUUUAGUCGGAAUCUUUAAAUACCUUGCAUUGAGCGAUCUCAUGAGGUGCAAACAGACGGCUAAGCAUUUUCUACGGGUCAUCGAGGAAUCAUUGACUCUUCAGUAUAACAUUGAACGCGAAACUUGUCUUCUUGCCGGUACUGCUCCAGUUGCUGCCUGUACGGUGACGUAUUCGGGGAAGCUCGUGACUGUUACAUACUGAAUUUUGGCUGGAUGAAAUCCCAGACCUAGAUAGGCCCUCUGUUGCAGAGACGCUUACCGAUCUUCACAGGCGUGAGAUCGGAUGGGCAAGUCUGAAAUGGCAGCCGCAAACGCAUUCCAUCCCUACUGCGCCGCCUGAUUUUACAAUGAAGUUAUACGAAUUGCAACACGGAUUCUACGCGUCUGUGUGUUACAAGGAAUCCGUGUUGGAAGAUUCCGGUCAUUUACGGCUCCAACCACUUCCAAGAGUCAUGGGGGUCCCAUCCAGUGCAAGAAGUCAUGGGUCACCGCCUGCAGCUGGGCCGAUUAGUCCUGUGGUUCAGGCCAACCUGGGAGGUCAAUAUGACGGUGAUGUCGGAGUAGACUCGUCUCAAAUGCCGAUCUUCAAUUACCUCGGCUUUAAAGCUCAAGAGUUUAGUAUCGAUCCUGAACAGAAUUUGGCCGUCUAUCUUUGUCAAAGUUCUGACCCCGAUGAGACUUCCGGCAGGAUGAUUGUCAGAAUAAGGCAAAUGUCUGAUAAUGCUUUUCACCCAUUUGCUCGAUACGAGACCCUCGAUACUCGCUCGAUGCCGGAUGAAUUGGGUAGCUAUUUGGUCCAGAUAUUUGGUGAUUUUGUUGGCGUCAUGUUCGCUACGAAGGCUCGCUUUUGGAUUUGGAAUUGGAAGACAGGUAUAUGCCAAUGCGAACUGUUGGAUUCCGGGAUGGAUUCGUUUUUGUUUUUAUCUCCACGGCAUUUUGUUAUUUCUCGACGCAAAGGGCCUCUUGCCUCGCUAGAGGUCUAUGCAUUUAAACCUUGCCAUUACGAUGGCCCACCUGUCAAAUCUUGCCUUCCAACUCGGCAUCUCGCGACGUUUCGAUUACCCCGAUUGUCGACAGGUUCGGUGUAUUUCUCUCACAUCGAGUUGGUCUGUGAGCCCAGCCCAGUGUUUGAAACACCAGAGUAUGAAAAGUUGCCCUUGCCACCAUUCUUUCUACCACGUUCAGUUGACGGUCCCUCUAUAACACCAAACAAUCCAUCGGAACCAGGGCCUACCAACGGACCGUUCGUUCGCCCUCGGCAGGAUGAUUUCAGGAUUGCUCUCUUAUCAUUCACCGUGUCCUCCCUUCGUUCCGAAAGAAAUAAUUACAAGAUGUUUGUCGCCGUAUCCGAUAUCUAUUGCAUGGCCAAAUGUAUUGAGAGCAACUCCCGGACGGGCGGGGUGAUGCCAGGUGGGCUAGGUCCCCAUGCUGAUCCCACAAACACCCUUCCUGUCCAGGUUCGGUGGGAUGAUUGGGGAUGUCGUUCUGCACGGUUAUUGGGUCCUCUGGGCGGAAACGUUUGGGUAGACCCAGCUGUUUUCAUGAACCGAUACAUUUUUCGUACGCUCGAGUUUGAACGGACACUCGAAACGGCCCAAUGGGGGAUCUCCCAUUCGGAUCCCCAAGAUCAUGUUCGUUCCCGUCUUCAUGUGCUGGAUUUCAACCCUUAUUCAGUUCGUGCCGGGUCUCUUUCCGGGAGGGAUGAAACACUGUAUCCACGGGAAAGCGGCUCAGGCGACGCGGAGCAUCCAAGGAUGUCCAAGGAUUACAGGAUCUCAGGUCGUAUGGAGACAGACCUCGAACCCACGGUAUUGCACAGCGGUGACUUUGCUUAUAAGGUCAUCAGUGGCCUUCCAUACCGCCAGGUGACGAGCGAUGAAACAUUCCAAGGAGACCUGUUACCUAUGAUGGACGCUGAGAGGAUAUUGCUCGUUGACGAUACUACUUGGGGCUCUAUGGAAGUUCUUGUCAUUUGACCAGGCGAGAUUAAUUGAAUGGGUUACGGGCAUUUGUUUAAAAGAACUCCUCUGCUUCCCUGUGGUGAAUAACCCAAAGUGCAGGAGAGAUGCAUGAUU